AUUACAUAUAAUAUUUUGCCCAGUCAGUUGUUUGACUGGAUUUGUUCCACCUUGGACGAAACUUGCUCUCAUUCGAAAGUAGCACAUUUCUACCGACUUUUUGCCGAACGUGGCAACGGUGUUUAACGGCAAGUGGUGGAUGCGUACACAGAAUUUACAAACAUCUGGUGUUUGUUGUUGUGCACAGUGAAUUUGUUGCCAGUAUUCAAAAGUGUUUUCAGGUUGUUUUAGCGGCAAUUAUAGCAUUGUUAUCAUUGAUAGACAAUUUUCAAAGACAAUGGGACGUCGGAAGUGCAUUCUUUGUGGAGUUAGCAGUGAAGAAACUGAGGCAACUUUCCACAGGUUUCCUAGUGAUAAGAAAAAGCAAGAAGAAUGGUGCACUAUCCUCAAUAUUGACAUAAAUGAUUUACCACUUCAUGCCUUUAUUUGCGCAAAUCAUUUUCACAAAAGUGAUUUAAUAGAAGGCAAAAGAACUCAACUAAAGCAUUCAGCAGUUCCAUCAGUAGAGCCUUUGAGGCAAACAGAGUAAGUCCUUAAUUAUAUUUAGUUAUUGGAUUAAAUGGAAUAUUUUGUUGCUAUACUUUUACUUAUCUAUAGAGUCAAAGAAACCAGAGAGCUGAAGUACCUUCUCACAUAUAAGUUAUCUCAAGAUCAUUUGGAAUUUUUCUUCAGUUGUAUAAGAAGCAAAGGAGGAUACAGCAAUAAUCCUACCUCGAAGCGGUUUCAGAAUAUUUUAAAAAAAUUAUUACUUCAUACUGAAAUAAGUGGCAAUGAAGCAUCCAAUGUCGUGGCAUUAGAUAGCACAUCCAUUUUGCACUGUUCAUCAUCAUCUUUAGAGAUCAAAAUUAGUGAGGAUAUGACCUCAUCAUCAAAGAGUAUAGAGGAAGAUGAAGAUUUUAUACAAUUUAAAAACUUUCUUCGAAUAAGUCCUUGGCAGCUUACACUGUAUCUGGAAGAUGUUGUUGCAUAUGUUGCAGGUUUUGU